AUGGGGAUCCUACUGCAGGCAGACGCCUGGCAGGACUCAGCGAGCUCCGGUCCCCAACGCGGUAGCCAGCGCAGAAGCCCGAACCCGAGACAGAGGGACCGCGCGCGGGGAAAGGUGCGCGCUAAGCCAGAUUGGCUUCCGCAGGAGCUAUUUUUAGCGGUGCGUGGCUCCCCCCGCCCCCGGCGUGGUAGCCUCCGGCUCGCGGCGCCCCGCGGCUCCUCUCGGUCUCCCCCGCCGCUGCCGGCUCUUGGCUGCUGGGCGUUGGGGCGAGGGCUUGGCGCCCGGGGGAGUCCAGGAGGCAUAGCGGGAAGCGCGGCUGGCGCCCAGGAGAGCCGGCUGGCCUCUGCCCCCUGUGCCUGGCGCCUCUCCGAGCCACUUAGCCAAUUUGAAAGCGGGUGGCCAUUGGGAUGCUCGAGCGGGGACGACGGGCAGAGCAGGAGGGCAGAACUAGCUCCAGCGGGGGCCCUGAGGGCGGACUUGGGAAGAAGGAAAGACCGCUCUGCGAGGGAGGGGACUGGGCGGGGAGGCUGGGUUUGGGGCGCGGGAGCCCGGCCAGGGACAGCCGCAGAAGGAAAGUGGGGGUGUCGCCGGGGGAUAGAGUGGGAGCAGCGUGAGAGCACAGUGUUGGGGGCGCAGAGUGGAGGGCAAGCGUGUCUUGACCAGAGCGGCAGGAGGAUGGGUGGAAAGUGGGGCGCGUGGAAAGCGGAUUUGGACGAAAGCAAAGGACGCCGGUGGAAGGGACAGUGUGCUCCGGAGGGAAGAGUGGACUCGGAUAAUUUGGGGAAUCAGUACAAGGUUAGGGGGCACAUCAUGAUGGAGUCAGCCUGGAAUCUGUCUCCGGUUAAAGUACGCGAGGCCACAUGUUGGGAACUGGCUGGGGAAAAGGAUGGAUGUAGAAAGUGGCCUGGAGGGCCGACUGGAAAAUCGCUGAGGGAUUUGGGUGAAGAGAAGGGGAGCUGUGCAGUAUCGGGCGGAGGAACUGGGCUGCUGGUAGGGCCUGAAAGGUUCAGGAGAGGGUUGGAGGCUUCCCCGUGCUUCCCCCUUGAAUAGUGAUUUAGUACUGUUCUGUGAGGUUCACUUUCACCCAGGCUCCUCCUCCGUCUACUACCUGGCUUGGACGCACCUCGGCUCGCUGUAGGCGAGCUUGUAGGAGAUUUAAAUAGACAUCAGGUGGUGGGGAAGGUAGUCGUUUACGGUGGGGGGAGCUGCUCGGGCUUCCCUUAAGUGGUUCCCGGCACGCUCAGGGUGCAGUGUAGGGUAUGAAUGUGUGUAUUGCGAGGGUAGGGUGGGGUAGGGGGAGUGGUGUCAGUUCUAGGCCACAGGAAUUCAUGGUCUGGCCCCAGAGGUGCGGUGUUUUUGGCCGGGAAGUCAGGCAGAAGUCUGCAGCGUGCAACUCGCGGCGGGGCGUGUGUGUGCGUGUGUGCUCUCGCGUGUGCAUGUUUCCGGCCCGGGGUCGCGUGUGUGGCUGCAGCCUGUCUCCAUGACAAGAAGAUCCAGGGAUCUACGGGCGGCACGGGGAAGGGAUUAAGGGGAACAUGCUUCCCUACGUCUUUUCUGCCUCCUUUUCCCAGGGUAGCAUUCUUUGCUUAUCCAAUGAUGCCUCUUUCUAACCUCUCCCUCUCCCCUUACAUCCCAAACCUGAUGCGGGUCUUCUCUGAUUCGGCACUCUAAGGAGGACUCAGCUGCCGGCUGCGACCACCGUGGACUCCCUCUAUGGAAGGGAAUCCUGGGAGUCCCGGCUGUCAGAGGGGUUCCCAAAUCCAAAGGGUCCAUCUCCAAGGCGUCACUCCGGGGGUCCGCGGUUCACUCUGCUGCCCCUUGCAGGUGAUGCUGUGAUUGUUGCCUGCGGGCAGGGAAGCACGAUGGCUCCAAAAGGCCAGCGGGGCCGAGAAGCAGGGACAGGGACCAGCAUUUAAGGGAUCUCUGGCGGGGGCCUCCCUGGAGUUCUCCGCAUGUAAAUAUAGCGGAAAAAGAAAACACUAGGUUACUAGAAUAAACACGUCCUAAAAUCUCUAUGCAAAAACGCCGUUUUGAACAGCAAAGAUUUCACCCACCAAAACAAGGAGGCAAGAAGCUUCCACAGUGUGCGGGAUCCGAAACAGGACCGGCCCGGCGUUGGGUGAGAGUGGGGGAGGGGUUGUCGGCUUCUCCAUCCAGCUUGCCAUGUUCUGUCGUCGGUUUCACAUUUUCAGAGAAACUUUAUCAGAUGCAGGAAAUGAGGAUGAAGGCAACAUAGGAAGGAUGCAAAGAAGGGAGAGCAAGCACUGUACCUACUGUUUGCUGUCAAAGAGGGCUGGUCUCAUAACUAAAAGAUCCAGUCCCUGAGAUCUUGUGUGCAACCGUCAGAAAUAGUUCAGGACAUCAAAUUGCACAGAGAAGAUUCAGAUGAAGGGAAACAAGAACUCUGUGGAAAACUGUUGGGGACAGUGGCACGGGUUGUCUUGCAAGGUGAUGUCUGUCCCGUGGAGGGACACAAGAGCGAGGACAGCACGGUUCUAAUGGCCAGGGCAUGUCUUCUUAUUCCAUGUGACAGUGGCUGGCUGAGUUGCUAGUACGUUUUUGAAAUAUACCCUUUGAGAUAUGUUGAUUAUUCUGGACAUCUGUAAGGUGGGAAAUUUGAAUAAAAAGACUUCUGCUGUCAU